AUGCCACGAAAGCUACUUCUACAUUCAUUACGUCUGCAGUUGAAGCAUCCACUGAAACGGAAAAAAGAACGACACUUCAUUGUAGAACGUCUUCAACUACUUGAUCAACAGUUCUAUCUCGAUCAUAUUCGAUGUCUCUAUCAAAGUUAUUUUGAUCAAGGUCUUAAAUUUCAUAUGUGGCCUGAUGAUAUCCUCAAGAUUGCACAAACAACAGAACGCAGUGUCAUCCAAAAGUAUCUCGAAGAGUACUUGAUAUUAUUACGAGACAAAAUCAGUCAAUGUACAACUGAAUUAGCAACUCAAUCAUCAUCGUGUCCACUGACUUUAUCUUUACUGGACUUUGUCGAUUCGCGACUGCAUGAAUUUGUUCGUCUGCAUCAUAUUGACUUAAUGAGGACGAUUCGUUUUCGAAUCAAUAAACUCAAAGACGAAAUUCACGAAAAACAACUCUUUCAACACUUAUCUUACUAUUAUUUAAAUAAUGAUCAAUUUAAAGCAAUUUCUCGAUUGACCACUAUUCGCAAGAAACAAUUGCAGGUAUUCGAAGAACAAACCUUGCUUGAGCAACAAAUCUUAUGCCAUCGGUUACCAGAAUCUUUUGAUUCCGUACUGCCGAAUCUUGACGUGAAAAAGCUUUCAAAAAAGCAUUGUAAGAUGGUACAAGAGCUAAAACGGUUGACAUUAAACUUAGAAUUACAGCGAUAUGAAGAGGACAUCCAUCGUUAUGAACAGCUAUACCAAGAAGAAUUCAAUAAACUUCAACAACAAAUUCUAAAUCCAACUUCAUCUGACUACAAACAUCAAAUAGAUAUCUUAAUGUACACUGUCGAAUCCUAUCUAAAUAAUUAUAAACAUAGACUUUUACGUCAAAUAAGACACAGAGAAGCAUGUUUUCAUACAAAUUUGAUCCGACAACGUCGUCGUCGACAAUCGCUCAUGGCAGACAACAAUAUUCAGGUGCAUCCACAAAUUAUUGUCGAUGUUCCAAAAGUAGCGUUAAACGAUGCCCAACUACAAUUUCUCUCACAAAAUGGCCCCAGUUACAUUCGACCGAACCAAAGUUAUCUUCACUGUGAUCAACAACAACAGAAACAAGUCGAUCGAGAAUUUAACAAAACCCUUGACGUAAUCGUUCCUUAUCUCGUGCGUGUCUAUCAUAUGUCGCCAACAUCAACAAUUAUCAGCCGAUUCUCCCAUCAACUGGCUACUUAUCUGUGUGAACAGUACAUGGCUCCAAUCUCUUAUCUUCAUGCUCAUCGUGCUCGACAAGAAAGAAAACUUACACAGUCCAUUCGAUACCGCUUAAAGAAAAGCAAUCAAGUUCUUCGUGUAACGGAUAAAAGUGGCAUAUUCCAUAUUGGUGACGUCAACGAUUAUGAACAAAAAGCAGAAGCUUAUCGAGAAAAAACGAAGGCGUAUAUCGAACUAGAAAAUGAUCCCCUAUGCGUAGUUUUUGACAAGGUAGUCAAUUUGCUCAAUGAUCUUCGUUCGAAAAAGCAUAUUCUUGCAUGGCAAUUUGAUAAAAUGAUGCCGAAACGAGAGAACGCUCAACUAGCUUACCUCUAUUUUGUUCCAAAACCACAUAAGGAAGGAACACCAUUAAGACCGAUUGUGUCCUCAAUGCAUAUGCCAACAACUGGCAUUUCCAAGUUUCUUGAUCGACUACUUCGACCGUUAUUUGAUCAACAUGUUCGCUCAACUACAAUUAUCGAUGGUGUUGAUCUCAUUCGACGACUUCAAGCAUACACUGCAAAUGGAUAUUUGAAGCCAACAAUGUAUUUGUGCACAUUUAACAUCACAGAUGUAUAUACAAUGUUACCAGAGGAAGAAUCUCGAUAUUCUAACUGA